AUGUACAUCUUCUCAGUCAUGCACUUUCUGGAUGCUGUGCUUGCCCUUCUCUUAUUGAUCACCAGCUCUGUGCCAGUCCUUUGCCGUGUUGCUUAUGUUGCAUUACUUUAUUUGACGGAUUAUUCCCUCUACUUGCCUCUCACUCCUGUCAAGGUGUCUCCCCCGGGAGCGCCGGUGCUGCGGUGGCACCAUGCUGGUUCGAUGGUGGUGGUGCAGCAGAAAGAAACACCACUGGCCAAUGCUGCGUUUUGGGCUGCGAGAAAAGGCAACCUGGCUCUCCUCCAGCUGCUGCUGAACAGUGGGCGAGUAGAUGUGGACUGCAAAGACAGCCUUGGCACUACAGCUCUGAUGGUGGCAUCUUACUACGGCCACAUAGAUUGUGUACGGGAACUGGUGUUGCAAGGAGCAGAUAUCAAUCUGCAGAGAGAGUCAGGUGCAACUUCUCUGUUCUUUGCUGCACAACAAGGCCACAAUGAUGUAGUGAAGUUUCUCUUUGAAUUUGGAGCCUCCACUGAAUUUAAGAAUAAAGAUGGAGGUACUGCUCUUCUAGCUGCUUGUCAGUACGGGCAUGCAAAAGUAGUGGACACUCUGUUGAAGCACGGUGCCAACAUCCAUGAUCAACUUUAUGAUGGAGCUUCUGCAAUUUUCCUGGCAGCACAAGGAGGCUAUCUGGAUGUCAUCCGACUGCUGCUUUCUUCAGGAGCAAAGGUUAACCAGCCACGGCAGGAUGGGACAGCUCCCUUGUGGAUUGCAUCACAGAUGGGUCACAGCGAAGUGGUGCGAGUAAUGCUGCUGCGGGGAGCCGAGCGAGAUGCCGCACGGGACGACGGUACAACUGCUUUACUGAAGGCUGCCAUUAAAGGGUACAACAAUGUGAUAGAAGAGCUGCUGAAAUUCUCUCCCACGCUGGGCCUGCUGAAGAAUGGAACCUCUGCUCUCCACGCGGCCGUCCUGAGCGGCAACGUAAGGACAGUAGCGCUGCUCCUUGAAGCAGGAGCAGACCCGUGCCUGAGGAACAAGGCAAACGAACUGCCAGCAGAACUAACAAAAAAUGAACGCAUCCUCCGACUCCUCCGUACGAAGGAAAAGCAACGGAAAAGCUAA